CUCGACGAUCUUUCUCGCGGCUGGGACGAGGAUGAACUUGCGGCAGGCAGGCGUCUCGUGCGUUUUUACCGUGUCCAGGACGGCAACAAGUUGAUCGUGACCGCUGAACACAUGGCGCCACAGAUGGAGUACGAUGAGACGGAUAUCAUCGUCUCUUGCAUAUACUUUGAUGAAGUAGACAGGUGUUGCAUCACUUCGGUUGACAUCAUCCAUUUGUUGGAGCGCCUUGUCGAUCUGGACUUUGAGGUGGACGAGAGGAAUCGUAUUAGGAGAAAUUUGGAGCAUCUGAAGCCGACGACUAUCGCCAAGUUGUCAAAGUACAGCCGCUUCUUCCAGAAACUUGUUGACUUCCCUGACCCCAAGCCCCGGAAGAUUGAGAAAGAUAUCAAGGUGUUCAACUGGGUGGAGUUGCCUAGAGCGUUGAAUAAGAUUAUCUCGAAAUAU